AUGCCCGCCUCCACCGACAACAGCUCAGCAGCUGGCCCGAGCCGACUCUCUUCGUCGCCCAGGGCCACCUUCUACCCUUCCUGGCCAGACUCGCACGAUGAGGCAGAGUACUUCGAGGUCCCUCCAGACCACUUUCUCGCUCAGCAACGCGGUCCCCAUAAAGCCCAGCCCUCCAACCCAUCCGAGCACCCCCUCGUCCGUCAUCUUUCCGCCUCAUCCUCCACAGCCACUCGCUCUGCGUCCAUAGACGCAGCUCCCACCACCAUCUUGCCAGCACCAGAAGCACACGCCGCCUUGCUAGCCUCAUCUCAGCCGCUCGCCGAGCUCGCCUCCGCUGUUCAGUCAGGCAUCCCCGCAGCGCCAUCCUCCGUCGCUCGCCCCAAUCCGCCCCUGGACCGCCUCGCAGACGCCGUCCCGCGUCCGGCUGGCUUCUCCACCGUCGACGGCCAGAUCCCAGACACUUCCACCCUCGCAGCCGCCGACUUUGACGUCGACGUUCGUUCCGGCUUCCUCCCUCCCGAAGCACCCGUGCUCCGCCUCACCGGCCCGCACGCCGACCACUGGGAGCACGCACUCGACCAAGCCAAGCGCAUCCCACUCAUGCAGGGCGGCGGCGGCGUCACCAUCACCCCGCAACAGCGCCUCCUCGCCCGUCGCUGGCGUCGUUCCUUGCGCGACAUGCCCGUCCUGCCCCUCUCCGACGAGCUCGCCAACGACAUCCGCUUCGCACGUCGCGGACACGUCCUCCUCUCCUUCCUCGCCCACUUUUACAUCCACAGCCAGCCUCGCAAGGCCGACCACACCGUCGACACAGCCCCCGCACGCUCAUGGCUCAACAUCUUCUCGCGCAAGUCGCCAGAAGAGCUCCAAGACGACCAGGACCUCGCAGACGAACUUGCCGCCAAAUUCGCCCGUCGUGUGCCCGCCGCCAUCGCCGUGCCCUGGGUUCAGCUCUCCCAGAAGCUCGACCUGCCCCCCGUGCUCACCUACGCCACCACCGUGCUCUGGAACUGGCAAUACAUAGACCCUACCCGCGGUCUCGAGCCCGACAACCUCCGCAUCGUAGAGACCUUUACUGGCACGCCCUCCGAGCACCACUUCUUCUUCACCUCGCUCCUCAUCGAGGCGCGCGGCGUGGAGGCGCUCCAACUCAUGCGAGUCAGUCUCGACGAGGCCUUCGUUGCAGAUCGCGUCGCUCGCCGCCGCAUCGCCGCCAAUCUCAACAAGCUUGCUCUCGUCCUCCAGGAUCUUACGCGCCUCCUGCACGACGUGCGCAACGGCUGCGAUCCAAAGAUCUUCUACUGGGGCAUCAGGCCCUGGUUCGUCGGCAGCGACACCGUCGAUAAGGGCGAGGAGAUCGGCUGGCACUUUGAAGGCGUCGACCCGGAAGGCGUCAAGCGCGUCUUCUCCGGCCCAUCCGCAGGGCAGAGCACCGUGAUCCACGCCGUCGACGUCUUCCUCGAUGUCGAUCACACGCGUCGCAAGGAGCGCCUCAACCGUCCGGCUGUCACCUCCAACGGCGACGCGCGCGGUGCCGACGCCACAUUCAUGGAGAGGAUGUCGCUCUACAUGCCUGGCCACCACCGCGCCUUCCUCUCGCAUCUCCGCAGCAUCUCGUUCGAUGAUGCCGACGAUGCCGACGACGAGGAUGCUGUGGCCGAGGACGAUGCCAGUGCAGCCGGUAGCGAGGCGGAGCAGGAGCAGCCGAGGGAGAGGCCGCACCCCAUCCGCAGUCUCGCGCUCAAGGCGCAGACCGACGAGCACGACGAAGGCCUGCCCGCCGCAUACGACAAUGCGCUCACCCAGCUCAAGGCGCUGCGCGACGAGCACAUGAAGAUCGCCUAUCUCUACAUUGUGGCGCAGGCGCGCGGCUCGCCGCCGCCCGCGUAUGCGCCGCUGCCUAAGGGCUUCACUGGCGAGCCGGCCGUGGACCGCAAGCUCGCCAAGGCACGCGCCCAGAGUGACGAGGCCGAGGCGGAUGCGGCGCUCGACACGGCGUCCAACGACAACGGCGGCGGCGCAAAGGGCACUGGCGGUACCGACCUCGUCUCGUUCCUGCGCGACUGCCGUGUGAAUACGAUCGAUGCUCUCAUCAUGGCCAAGGACACCGUCGUCGCUGCUGCAACGCGCUCAGCAGACGCUUCUAGCUCAGGUCAGUCCACUCUUUCCGCCUCCAUCCCUCCCUCCAGCGCAAUCACGGGGGGAGCGGAAGGAGGGCCGGCUCGCGAUGUGCAGACCAGUGUAGCUGACGCCAACUCUGUCGGUGGUGUCUUGAUGCCGCGUGCGGAUUCGCAAAUGCAGGUGUGGGCCAUUGACAUUUCGGACGUCUCUUGGCUUGACGAGGGUGCGCUCGGGGUGGUUGUAGACGAGCUGCUUCCCGGGACAUGCAACGCAGCCGAGCGGGACAAGGUGAUGCGGUACCAUCGGCACGUCGACCGUGUGCGGUCGUUGGUCGCACGGCUGCUUCCGCGCAUGCUGCUCUCCAAACGGUUCGGCGUGGCGUGGGAGGCAGUGCGGUUCGGAGCAACGCCGCAGGGGAGGCCGUACAUUUCUGCGCCGCAACUGCCUGUGCGGGUGGACUACAAUCUGUCGCACGAUGGGCAUUGGGUUGUAAUGGCGUUCCACAUCAGCUCGCAGGGCGAGGAGGUGCGAGUGGGCGUGGAUGUCAUGGCGGUUGCCUUGCCGCGGUACGAGACGGACGUGCGCGCAUUUGUAGACACGAUGGAUAUGGCGCUCACGCGCGCUGAAACACGCUGGGUGCUGGAGCCGGAGCGGGAGGGGGAGACGCUCACUCGGCUGUAUACGCUGUGGACGUACAAGGAGGCGUACACCAAGCAGCUCGGUCUCGGGCUCGGGUUCGACUUUGCACGCAUCGAGCUUCGCUUCCCGAUGACAGGCGUGGCCUCGCUACGCGUGGAUGGAAGCGAGGUGGGUGGGUGUGGAUUUGUAGAUGUGCUUCUACCCGCGCGCGGCGGGUCGUCUUCUCAGCUGGUCGUGUGUCUGGCUCCUCACGAACCUAGCUUCCGGUCGCAGGUGGACGGGCACACGGCCGAGGGGCAGGGCUGGCUUCAGAUCGUCUCAUUUUCGCAACUCGUCAACGAGGCUCGUCGCCAGCUCUGA